AUAGAACUUGGACAGCAUUCCAAUUGCACGCAGUACUACCGAAUACGUUGCUCUCGAAGCAGAGAAGGCAGCCAACAGAGCGAUGGCCGCGAUGCAGACGCAGAUGACGAUGCAAAUGCCGAUGCCGGCACGCCUCUCGGAACGGAGAACUCCGAGCAGGAACAGGAACAGAAACAGAAGCAGGCCACGAACGAACACCUCUCCGUGGUUCUUGGCGCUGUGCGUGGUGGCGCAAACGGCGAUCCUCCGGUCGAACAAAGCCCCCUGGCUCGGAACCAACCCAAGCGCGGGUUCCCCACCGAAACCGGGCCUUCUUCCCACCUGCCACUCGUUCACCGCUCCGCACCGGAGACCGGUGGCACCGAAGGGGGGGCAGCGGUCUUUUGUGUUGCUCUCGGAACCCAGCGGCGGAGGCGUCGGGGACAAUGGCAAUGGCAGCGGAAACACCGAGAGCGACGGUUUCGACCCCGGUUUUGGGUUCCGCGGUGCCUCCGUGGAAGACAUCCAGCAGCACCUGGUCCGAAAGGGACUCGCCUUUUCCCAGGUUUCGGUCGGCGACGAUCCUGGGAUGGCCCGGGUCCCGGGGUGCGUCGCGACGGUGUACGUUUCGGCGAGGCCGAAGAGCGGACAGGGGGGCAGGGACACCGUGUCCCUCGCAGGGAGCGCCGACGCGAUCCUCAGCCGCGGCCUCCUGGCCCUCCUGGCCGAGCACCUGGAGGACAAGACGCCGGGGGAGGUCCUGGAGAUGGACCCGUCGGGCCUCGCGGAGGCCCUGGGGGUCCGGCUUGCGCUGGGCAAGGGCCGGAACGACGGCCUCGCGAGCAUGCUGGCCGUGAUCCAGGGCCAGCUGGGCGGCGAACGUGAAUCCGACCACGGCGACAAAUGCGAACCCGACCUCGGCGACAAAUGCGAAAUCAGCGAAACACCAUCCGCCAAGCCGACCGUGGCGCUCCUCCUGUCGGGGGGGGUGGAUUCGUCCGUGGCCUUUCGGCUGCUCCUGGAACAGGGCUACGAGGUCGUUCCCUUCUACCUCAAGAUCUGGCUGGAGGACGAGCUCGCCCACCUCGGGGAGUGCCCGUGGGAAGACGACGUCCAGACCUGCAGGGAGGUCUGCGACCAGGUGGGGAUCGACCUGCAGAUCGUCAGCCUGCAGGACGAGUACCACGACCGCGUCAUGAAGCACACGCUGAACGAGUGCUCGCUGGGCCGGACCCCCAACCCCGACAUCCUCUGCAACUCCCGGGUCAAGUUCGGCUGCUUCCUGGAAUACCUGGAGACGGCCCCGACCGGCAAGGUCUUCGACUACAUUGCCAGCGGCCACUACGCGCAGGUCGUCCGGGACGAAAAGGAGGAAAGCGGAACCGCCGGCGUCGCCCGGUUGUUCCGGGCCCCCGACCCCGUCAAGGACCAGUCGUACUUUCUCUGCGCCCUGGAACAGUCCCAGCUGUCCCGCCUAAUCUUUCCCAUCGGACACCUCGAAAAGAAGGAGGUCCGGCAGCUCGCGGAAGACUUCGAGCUCCCCAACCGGCACCGGCCGGACUCCCAGGGCCUCUGCUUUCUGGGAAAGGUCAAGUUCCGGGACUUUAUGCAGAUCCACCUGGGAGAAAAGGCCGGAAAGAUCGUCGAUGCCGUUACGGGCGAAACCAUCGGGGAGCACCACGGGGUCUGGUACCACACCGUAGGGCAGCGAAAGGGGAUCGGUCCGUACCUCGAGCCCAAGGCGGGCUCGAAGGGACCCUGGUACGUCGUCGCGAAGGUAAGAACGAGCGCUCGCUGCAAUCGGGGCCAUGGGAUUUGUUUUGUUUUGUUUUGUUUCGCUGGUGAAAAGUGCGCGGUGGCUCACACCACCGCUCUCUCGUGGGUCCGUUCCCUUUUUCGCAUUCUUUGUUUGUUUGGUGGGCCAAAACAACUCACGAAAUUCUUGCUUGCUCCCGAUAGGACCCGUCGCAAAACAUUGUCUUUGCCAGCAACCAAUACGACGAGGACGUCUUUGCGCAGGCCCGGUCCGAGUUCCACGUCGAAAACAUCAGCUGGAUCGGCGGCACCGAACCAACCCACCUCUCGAACCACCGGGACGAACGAGGAGAGACCGUUUACCGGUUCGUCCUCAAGAUCCGCCACGGACCGAGGCUGGCGGCCGGGACCCUGACCAUCGCGGAGGAAAGGGAAGGCGGUCCCAACCACCGAACGGGGGGCCUCGUCGCGCUGGAGGAAAAAGACGGGGGCCUCGCGCCCGGGCAGUACGUCGUCUUUUACACGGAGGACGCCGAGUGCCUGGGCGGCGGGAUCAUCAGCGAGCGGCACUGGGCCAGGUUCCUCCUGGACCGACAAGGAUCCGACGAAUCUUCUGCCCGCGCGGCCGCGGAAGCCUAGCAGGGACACCCCAGAGAGGAUAAAAAGUUGGUUGGUUG